AUGUGGCUGUUUGAGAAGCUGAGGGGGUCGGUGGAGACCAGUCUGGCGCUGCCGAGCGAGGCUGAGCCGCGGGACGGGAAGCCCCGACCCUCCCUCUACAGCAACGUACUGACCCCGGACAAGAUCCCGGAUUUCUUCAUCCCCCCCAAACUGGCCGGGGGCUCGGGGGAGGGCGAGAAUGGCGAGGGCAAGAGAAAGAAACCGGGGCCAGGGGCCUCGCCCGCCGAGCCGGCCGACGGCGGCAAGAGAACGCCGGGCGGGAAGCGCUCGGGCGAGGCCAGCGCCGACUUACUGCAGGCGGCGAGUCGGUACAUCAUCCAGAUCGAGAGCGCGGACGACCUGGAGCCCGACGACUUGGAUCUGGCCUGCCAGCCGGCCGGGGGCUCGCCCCAGCCCCACCGAGCCCUGGCGCACACCCCGUACGGCUGCUCCACCCUGAAGGAGAGCCCGCACACCCGGCGCAAGGAGUCACUGUUCCACGUGGAGCAGGGCGCCAGCCCCGGGUCCUCGCCCGGCUCCCGGCGCAAGGGCUCGGGCCAUGGCAAGACCAACGGGGAAAGCCACCACCUGAACCCCCCCGAGCCCGGCCUGGGACUCUGGCCGGCCGGCACCUGCCGGUACCUCGGCGGCGGGGACAGCGACACCGGCUCCUCGGCCGAGUCCUCGCCCUUCACCUCCCCGCUGCUCUCCCGCUCGGUCUCCGGGACCUCCCUGCUCAAGAUGUUCAGCCACGAGAACCUGUCCCGCCGUCUGCAGUCGCUCCAUCGCAACAGCUCGCUGUCCACCGACGAGUGCAGUUCGACCGACGCCACGCCCAACGUGUCCAGGAGGGCGGGGCGAUGCCUGACUCCUCCCGCCACUGGCCCCGGCUCCGCCCAUGGCUCCACCCCCAGUUCCACCUCCACCGGCCCCGCCCUUGGCCCCGCCUCCGCCCCCUGCCCCCGGGCCGUGUUGCCUCUCAACCUGCCCCACUGCCGGGACCGGCUGGUCAAGGAACACACCGUGCGGUUGAGCAAAGGCGGGGCGGUCCGGCUGUCCGCGGAGUACGACUGCAGCAACGCCAGGCUCCGUGUCCGGAUCAUCACGGCCGAGGAACUGUACGACAAGUCCCUGGACCACAAGAGCAUCAACUGCUGCGUGAUCCUGUACCUGAACCCGGGCAAGACCCAGAGACAGAGGAGCACCAUCAUCAAGAACAGCAGGAACCCCAUCUUCAACGAGGACUUUUUCUUCGACGGGAUCUCGGCCGAAGACUUCAAGAGGAGCUCGCUGAAGCUGAAGGUGGUGAACAAAGCCUCCAGCCUGAAGCGAGACUCCGUGCUGGGCGAGAAGGAGCUGCGGCUCCCUUUCCUCUUACCUUUCUUCUGAGACGUGAUGUCGAAUGCAAAGAUUAUUAUUAUUAUUUUUAUUAUUGUUAUAACGUUGGGUUGUGCGAUUCCCCCGAUAGACUGGAUGGCAGCUCUCUACAUUUCACCUCCCAACCUCACCCACAUCCCCCCCCCACC